UCCCCUCCACAGCCAUGAAACAGAGACUCCUUCCUUCCUUUGUCAACCUCCUCCUUGCAGCCCUGCUCCUUCCAGGGUCGUCCAGUGCCUCGUCCAUUAACCACUUAGUCACCGAACCCCCCAGUUCCCCCCAGGACGAAUUUCCUGCCCAAGGAGGAAAUGGGUCUGGGUUGUUGCAUCACAGAGUGAAACGCUUCCCUCCACGCACCCCCCCUUACCAUGAGCCUGGACCAAAUUACCAAAUUGUCAACUGCAAGAAAAAUGAGGGAUUCUGUCAAAAAUACUGUAAUUUUAUGGAAACACAAGUGGGCUACUGUUCAAAAAAGAAAGAAGCCUGCUGCUUACAUCCCUUCUGACGGGGCUGAUCACUGAAGUUGAAGUGACCUGCACAC